AUGCUACGUGUAGCAGGGAGGAGGCUUUUCUCUGUUUCGCAGAGAUCUACGACUGCGACCUCCUUCGUUCUGUCCCGAGACCAUACCCUAUCCGAUGGCGGCGACUCCUCGACCGCCCCUAGAUCUGUCCCUUCUGCAGAUCUUACGUGUAUCAAUUCUCACUACCAGAGCCUUAUGAGAGGUUUCUCCUCUCAAGUGCUUGCUCAGGGAAACGAGGUUGGUUUUGGUUCGGAACUACCAGCCACUGUUGAAGCGGUCAAGACACCUAACUCGAAGAUUGUGUAUGAUGACCAUAACCAUGAGCGUUACCCACCUGGUGACCCUAGCAAGCGUGCAUUCGCCUACUUUGUCUUGUCGGGUGGGAGGUUUGUUUACGCCUCUGUUCUCCGACUUCUUGUUCUGAAGCUCAUUGUUAGUAUGUCAGCAAGUAAAGAUGUCCUUGCCCUUGCGUCCCUCGAGGUUGACCUCGGAAGCAUCGAGCCAGGAACCACUGUUACAGUCAAGUGGCGUGGAAAGCCCGUCUUCAUCAGGAGAAGAACGGAAGAUGACAUCAAGCUGGCUAACAGUGUUGAUGUUGGAUCUCUGAGAGACCCACAAGAAGACUCGGUCAGGGUCAAGAAUCCAGAAUGGCUAGUUGUGGUUGGAGUCUGCACUCAUUUGGGAUGCAUCCCCUUGCCUAAUGCUGGUGAUUACGGUGGUUGGUUUUGUCCGUGUCAUGGUUCGCAUUACGACAUCUCAGGAAGGAUUAGGAAAGGUCCUGCACCAUACAACCUAGAAGUACCUACCUACAGCUUCUUGGAAGAGAACAAGUUACUCAUUGGUUGA